CACACUACUUUGUACUUGACACGCCGAGAGAUCCCCGAGAGAUCGAUUCGACCAUGGUGUGCUGGAGAACUCUCCUGGUCCUCCUCCCUCCGUUCUCCGUCCUCCUCCUCGUCGCGGCGUGGUGCCACGUCCGCGUCUUGGCGCGCAACCUCAGCGCGUUGGCGCGCUCCCAGUUCGCGUGCCCUCCGACCGGCGGAUCGUCGUUCCGGUACCUCUCCGUGGAGAGCAAACACGCCAUCAGCGAGCUGAGGGUGGCGCAGUACAGCAAACGUCGACGCAGCUACGGCGGCUGCGACGAGGAGGAGGAGCCGGCGGUGGAGUGCGUGUUCUGCCUGAGCGGCAUCGAGGAGGGCGAGGAGAUCAGGGAGCUCAGGUGCCGGCACCUUUUCCACCGGGGCUGCCUCGACCGGUGGCUGAUGGCGCGGCCGCUUGCGACGUGCCCGCUCUGCCGCUGCCGGAUCCUGACGUCGGCGCCGUUGGAGGAGGACUACACCGACGACGAGGAGGACUUGGACUCGGACAUGAUGCUGUUCAUGGCCUGCGUGCACAGCCGCAGCAGUUGGUUCUGGCCGUCAUGAUCAACAUCCGGUCCAUGAUCUGCACGUGCCGGCGACGCAGCUUGUUGGUUAUCUUCAGGGCAACGUAUUGGACAAGAUUCUGGACUCUGUUGCAGCAUAAGGAAGAUAGGAUAAUAAUGCGCAUGGCUUGCUGUGUGUUGGAGACAUCUAUAAUGGAGAUCUUCGUCACACAUGGGUGGAGAUUUAAUAAUAGAAUAUGUCUUUGAUGAUGAAUGCUUCUCGUUAUUUAAACAUCUUUUGUAAGAGGGUGAGUCAUGUAUAUAUGGUAGAUACACAUCUGCAUCAUAUCCAUAAAGUUUGUUAAUAAUUGUAGGUCGCA